UCUCUCUCUCUCUCUCUCUCUCUCUCUCUCUCUCUCACGUAAUUUAGGCUAUACAUUUCUUUCAAUGUUCUCCAUGUUUUUUGUCGCCAUAUUGUAAAUUAACCUUCAAAUCAGAUAACUUAGUAAUCAAAUAUGUUUGAUCGAUAAUACAGUAACCUUCAUUGAAAACGGAUGAAAAUCUUCUUUUAUGAAAGUACGGAAUAUACGAGUAAAAUUAUAAUUAUAACCAAGAAAAAAAAUGUCAGCGCAACGAAAAAAAAAUUUGGAUUUCGUCAAACGAGCAGACAUCCCUAGAAAUUUUCUCGAAGGUAUUAAAGAAUUGUAUUUAUCCAAACAAGAGGAACAACAUGUCAAAAAAUAUCCGGAAUGGGACGUUCCGAGGAUUUGUCCGGCAUUCGAAUUAGUAAAGGCAUUUCGUGAUUUAAAUAUUUCUGAAAAUAAAUUACGUGAAAAAUGGAUCGAAGAAGAAGAGGAAAGAAAGGAAAUGGAUGCACAAUGGAAAGAAUUACGAGAACAGGAAUUGAUUUUUCGAGAUUCAUUCAUAAAAUAUAAUGAUUUUAUUAAAGAAAAUGAAGAAAAACGGAAACGAACGGAACAAAAAAUUCUCGAAGAGCGGGAAAGACAAACGAAAUAUCAGGAAGAUAUAAACAAUUUAGAAGAAAGGUUGAGUUAUAUGAAAGGUAUUCGUGACAAGAUGCAAAAAUAUGUAGGAAUAUAUAAAAAGUAUCAAGAUUAUCUCGAAAGAGUUAUCAGCGAGACAAGACGUUUCCGAUCGAUAACAGAAAUUUUUGAACGUUAUGAAAAUUUGAUCGAAGUUAAGGAAUCACUCUCCAAGCAGCAGGAAAAGAAUAUAGAAUUGUUGGAAGAAAGCGAAGCAGAGAUAUAUCGCAUGACAGAAGCCAAGUCACAGACGUUAAUAAGAUUAAACAACAAAUUGUCAAUGCUUCAAAUAAAAUAUGAAAAAGCAAAGGUGGAAGUUAUGAAAUGGGAAUUAUUGGUCUCUAAAAUAAAGGAUGUAGCUAUUCAGAAAUAUUUAGAGAUAGCUAGAGUUAAAAUUUGUAGUAAAAAUAUCUAUCAUCAGAUAUGUAAAAGAAAAGAAGUAGCUCCUACUGUAGCAGACGAUGAUAUCGAACAUCAAUUGCUUGAAAUCAAACGUACUAUUCUAGAAUUAAGACAUAUUAUACAUAUAAUUAAAAAAGAAGUGAAAACAGAUUAA